AUGUCAAAAGAAAAUAUCACAGACCCUCAACCAAAGAGAAUUCAAAAGAAGAAAUUCUGUUGUACUGGUUACGGGGAAUGUUCAAUGGCAUUUACAAGAGCUGAGCAUUUGACAAGACAUAUUAGGAAACAUACUGGUGAAAAACCGUAUCACUGUGGGAUUUGUUCAAAAAAUUUCAGCAGAAUUGAUAAUUUAAAACAACAUGAAGAUUGUGUUCAUCACAAAGGAGUGUCUAAUUGUUUAUCUAGAGGCCAUAAAACUACCACAAAUAUGAAACGAAGAACUAAAAGCACUGAUUUCAUUACAGGAGAGAAAUUGGAACAGAAGUUCAAAAGACAAAGAGGAACUCAAGGUAUUAAUUUGAUGGCACCAUUACCAACACCACUUUCUUCUUCUUUACCUAGCUCUCCGAAUCGUACUGCACCUCCAACCAUGCCUGGAUCACCCGUUACAAUGAAUUUUAACUACAUUGGUAAAUCCGGUAGCAAUAAUAGAGGGUAUUUUUUUAAUAGUAUUCCCAGCACCAGUCCCUUAAAUAGCACGGAUAGUCAAGAAGAUCUUCCCUUGAUUCCGAAAUAUAUUUAUUACCCACCAAACGGGACAUCAUAUAUCCAAUAUUCGUUUUCAAAAGAACAACCAAGUAAACAUCCCACAACAACCUCAUCUUACAAUCAGAUAAACGAUUAUUACCUUCCAAAACAAAUGUAUAAUGAUAUACCGCUAACUGCAUUGCAGCAGGCCCCACCAACACCAUUACAACAAGCCCCUGUAGCAUACAAUCAAAAUUCAAGGAAUUUUUCUUCAACUAGUCUGAACGUGAAUUUUCCAUCGAUGUUUAAUGCUAUUACUAUGCCCGCAGCCCUUGAUAACUCUUCAACAAAUACUACAAGAAUAAAACGUAAUGUAUAUGAUCCUAUUGAUAAAUUCCAACAAUUAUUGGAUCCGGGUGGUUCGAGCAACGACGACGAUACCCUAAGAAUUGAAAAAAAUUGUAUAGUAGAUAAUGAAACCGAUAAAAUCAAUCUUCAAGUGAUAAAUGAUGGAAAAAUUCAUGAUGAAAAUGUUGAAAAAAAUAAUGGAAAACGUGAUAAUAAUAACGAUAAUAAUAACGAUAAUGAUAACGAUAAUGAUAAUAACGAAAGUGGUAAAGCAAAGAGACUACGUGUCGAAUAUAUGCUUACAUAG